AUGACCUCUGAGCACAAAGCCAACACUACAUUCGGCUCUUCCUUUGGUCUCUUCAACGACCCCACUCACAAGGAUGUCACCCUUGUCUUUGGCGACACCGAUCAUCCAACUCAUCGCCGCGUCCACAAGAUCCUGUUUGCUGCCAAAUCCAAAUACUUCAGCAAGCUCUUCAAGGAAAUGAACGACGAUAUCUGCAAGCUUGAGGUUGGCGACUGCAACAGUGUCGAGGCCAUGAUCCGUCACGUCUACGGCCUAGCUUUCAAUAAGAUCUUGGACGAGUCUGGAAACCCCAUGGAGCACGGUUGCACCGACUUCUUUCUUGACGUGUACCAAGUCGCAGACCACUAUCAGCUCGAAGAUCUUCGUGAUGAGGUCGCCUCCAAACUUGGUUCCCAGAUCGGCUCCCUGUAUUGGGGUUGCCAGGCCAAGCUCUGGCGUUUCGCCGACAAAUUCGACAAGUACCCUGAGCACGAAGCCAUCUAUGAGGGUGAGCCCGUUCACGGCUGGUUUGCCUUCAUCAUCAACCACUUCAAGCAGCUUCGUGAGCAGCAAGACUUCCGCGACACAGUCCUCGGCCGUGCUUAUUUUCUCAUGACUUUCUUCCUCGAGACUCACGGCAUCUCAAAGUUUGACAAGACGCGUGGUGCAUUCGUCUGCUCUUCCUGCGUCAAGAACAACCUGGACAAGGACCACAAGAAGUGCGUUGUUUGCAAGGAGAAAGAAAACACCAGCGAGUAG